AUGGGUAAGUUUCCACAAUCUUUAACCUUCCAUUUCCACUCCAGGACGUCGAUUUGAUCAAGAUCUCUUGGCUUUGGGCCGGAAACAGCAAGAGGAACGUCGGAAGCAAGAAAUCGAGAAGAAGAAACAAUGGGACAACCUCGAAGCCUACAUGCCAGUCUGUUAGUGGAGCUUUUUUAUAUUAUUCUUAAUGUUUAGAUGACUUGGCCAAGGCAAAAGAGAAGGAAGCUGCUGAGAAAGCAGCCCCUAGUAAAGAGAGAAAGAAGAAACCCUUGAGGAAUGAUGGGUUAAAUGCAAAAAGAGUUUCUUUAGCUGAAAUCAAGAAAGCAGCCAAAGGAUUCUCAACAGAUCCUAUUAAAGAUUUGCGGAAGGUUCAAAAUGGUUCUAAUGGGGUUCAAAAUGGAGAUUCUGAAGGCAAGAAGAAGAAAAAGAGGAAUCGAAAGAAUAAGGGGAAGAAAGAGGAGAAUGGGCAUCAAGUCCAGGAUAAGGGAGAUAUUUCCGGGGCAGAUGUUCUCGGCAACGGUACGUGUCUUUUUUGUUUUCUUUUAUUUAGAGUCAUUGAGAACGUUGUACUUUGAAGCAACAUAAUUUUUAGGCCUCUCACCAAUCAAACGUCAGAAAACGAAACUUGUCGGUAGAUUUAUUGACUCAUCAGGUAGUGAAACCACUCCUGCUGCCCCAGGACCUUCUCCAGCCCGAUCUGAUGCUACUGACGCGUCCUUUAUCUCUUUGAAAGAUCUCAAACCAGGCCCUGUUGUGCGACGCCGGUUGAACUUCGAUGAGGAUGAAGAUGUGAGCUAUGAAGUCCAGUCUCCUGGUGACGAAGGUGAUGUUGAUAUGGAAGCCGAAGAUGCCGAGGAUGAAGAGUUCGAGCUCGAUUCUGAGGAUGAGUCCGACCUCGGACUUGCUGCCCAUGUCGCGCAAUACUUUAAUCGGGAUGCUGAGGAAGUGGAUUCUGAUGAAAGUGGAGCUGAAGACGAAAUCUUUGGAUAUGUCGACGAUUUGGAGGUAAGGCUUUUGAUGCUUUUGUUUUAGAAACUUUUUUCAAAAUGCGUAUACACUUGGUCCGGUUUCCGGCUAAGUUUUCUAUAUGACAAUAGAAAAUAAAAAAUUAUGUUAUCAAGUACAAUAUAUUUAAAAUUUCAGGGGGAAAGUGAUGGUCUCGAAGGAGAAGAUGAGCUGGACGAAGAAGAUCUUGAUUUCAUCGACGAUGAAGAUUUUGAAAAUGAAUUGGCUGAAGAUGGAGAUUUUGAUGACGAGGGUUCGGCUGAAUUUACUGAUGAAGAGAAUCGGAUUGAAGAAAUGGACACUGACGAAGAGAUCGAAAGAGGUCUCAAAUCUCCAAAUAAAGACAAUGGAGCCCUUCAAGUGAAUGGAAAGGCGAUUGAGAAGAGAAAGAAGAGAGCUGUGAUUGAGGAAGACGACGAAAUGGAAGCGGAUAAUGAAUAUAAUUCCGAGGAGGAUUCGGACUUUGAUGAAGACGAUGAUGGAGACGACGAAGAGCUGGAGGAUGCGGAUCCUGUGGACGAAGAUGAAAUCAACGACAUUCUGAUUGACAGUACUGGUGACGAUCCUGAUUUUGAAGAUGAAUUCGAAGACAGUGAUGAAGAAGAAUCCUUUGGCUUCGAUGAGCAGGUUAGAAAGGAGUUCCUCAGUCCCCAUGGUGUUGUCAACGAACCCAUUGGCUUGACGAUCGUGGGAUUUGAUGUCCUUGAACCCGGGCCAACUUACGUCGAGGUCUCCAGAAAGCGGGAUUACAAAUGGGAAGCUCCCAAAUAUGAACUGUUUGGCUUCAACAAGGCCGAUGAACACUCAGUUAAUGCCUCUGUCAAGGCCUUCAGAUGGUUCGUAGCUCCAGUAAAUCCUCAGGACUUUUUCCAGUAAGUUUUGGAAUAGUCAGAUUUUUGUUUUGUGCAUUCUUUAUAUUAUACUUGAGAUCGAAUUUCAAACGUUUUUUUAUUAUUCAAUUUUAGGCAUAUUUACGCCAAGAGAGCACUGGUUAUCCACAGAAACCUAAGGAGCUUCUAUGCUGAUGUGUUCCCAGCUACUGAUUUCUACAAACUCUUCCAAGAUGUAAGUUGAUUUAUCGUUUGUUCAUCUUUUAGAAUUUCCUGGAAUAUGGUGUCAACGUGAAUGUGGCCAAAUAUAAGAACAGCGUGAGGACCACCCAUAAUGGAAAUGGCCGUGUGACUGCCGGUAGAGUAGUGCAACACUUUUCCGAUGGCUGCUCGAUCCAAGUUGUAAACCCUCAGAGCUUCAACAAGAAUAUUCAUUAUAUCUGCGACCAGUUCCAGGAGUUGUUCAAUUGUUUUGUCGGAGCUAACUGGUAGGCUUUUGUUAAGUUUUGUGCGGUAACAUCAUCUGGAGGACUUUUGCUAACUUUUUGUAUUACUUUAGUUACUACACCCCCAAAAACACCGCUGGCUUUGCUCCUCAUUGGGAUGAUAUUGACGCGUUUUUGAUUCAAACCGAAGGCCGCAAGCAUUGGAAGGUCUAUGGCCCAUCAGACACUGAUGAGAUCUGGCCUCUGGAGUCUUCACACAACUUUAGCAAGGAAGAAAUGGAAGCCAGGAAGGGCACCCUGGUAUUUGAUGGAUGGCUGGAAACUGGAGAUGUCCUCUACAUGCCCAGAGGCUAUAUUCAUUGCGCAACAGCCGACAAAAAUCAGGACUCUCUUCAUGUGACCAUCAGCCUUGCUCAGAACUUUACUUACUCGGAACUCAUGAAAGAAGCCAUGGAUCGACUGGUCGAAGCUCAGACUUUGUCUAUCCCUCAGGUCAGAAAGAACUUGCCAAUAAAUUUGGCCGAGAUUUGUGGAGUCGCGGACUCGAACUAUGAUAAUGAGGAUCAAGUGGAGAAGAAGUGAGUAUUACUUCUUAUUUUUUAUUGAAAUUUAGGCUGAUCGAUCCUUUGGAGAUCUACUUUGAACAACACCAGAUGAACGUCCAGGCUGUCGUGCCAUCAGUGGUGGACUCGGUGAUCCGGACUGCGAUUAGAAGAUCUCUCCCGCCUCUUUUGACUCCAUGUAAGUAGGAUCAUCGACGUUUUUAAUUUUUUGUUAUGGAGAAUAUAAAUUUUUAUUUUAGACGAAAAACAGUUGUCUGUGUUCGGAUCCAGCGGAACUAUCCCCAAACUGACCGAGUUAAAUAACAACACUGAGGUCAGAAUCAUCAGAAAGCACACUCAGAGGUGAGUCCAAUCAAGUAUAAUAUAAUUUUUGAUCUAAACUAUUUAGAUUACUGUUCCAAUCUGACAAUGAGCCAUUCCUAGUCCACAGAAUCCACAACUCGAUGGUGUACGAAGGCCGUCCCGAAACUGUUAUUGACGUUCAGCCGGCCUGGGUACCCCUAAUUGAAGUCCUCCUCAAAAGUUAUCCGGAGUGGACGGCGAUCAAGGAAUUGGGAUCAGAUGUCGAAGAAUCUAAAGAGUUAUGCAAGUUCUUGUUCCUGGAGGGUAUACUCUUGGUUAACAACAGCGUGAUUUCGAAGAUCCCCAAGAUGAAUGUGGUCGUGGAGAAGUCAAAGAAUAUUGUUGGAGUGCUCAAGAGGACUCAGCAGAUUUUGAAUGAAAGCUCCAGUUCGGAAAAGAAGGUGUCCUUCUCCCCGGAAGUCAAGGUCAAGAAGUAUAUCAAGGAUACUCACAAGACCCAGAAAAUUAUCAUCAAAAAAGGAAAAAUCACGAAGAAAGAGAAGGGAAAAAAGCCCAAAAAUGGAAAAAGAAACAAAAACAAGUUCAGAAAGUAA